AUAAAAAAUAUUUUUUCAAAUAGAAUUAUGGUGGACCACAUUAGAUGCUUCAUAUUUUAGAAAUUUGGUUAUGAUUUAUAAAUCUGCUGUAAUUCAUUUAUUAUGUCAAGCUGAAAUGGCAAAUGAUGGUAGGACAAUGGUUCAAAGUCAAAAGCAAAUUUUACGUCUUUCACUUGAAAUACUGAAGCUAUUAAAUAAAGUUAACAUUGACAAUAGAGAAUUAAUUCCUUAUCAGGAAUUCUAUAUUCAUGAAGUAACAGAUAAAGUAGAUGUUCGUUAUGACUAUGCAGAAUGGUUAGGAAGUCCACAUAAGCAAGGAAGAUUAUACUUCUGUGAUUAUCCUUUUGUGUUUGAUGCUGCAGCAAAAACUCUUAUCUUACAGACUGAUUCAGCCAUUCGUAUGGAGUCAGCAAUGAAUAGUGCCUUUCAGCAGAAUCUUGUUAGUGCUUUCCUUCCAGUAACGCCAACUAAUCCAUUUUUAGUGCUGUAUGUUACCCGUGAUAAUCUAUUGCAGGAGACAAUCAAUCAAUUGUCAAAAUAUGAUCAACAAGAUUUGAAAAAACCUCUGAAGGUGAUAUUUCAUGGAGAAGAUGCUGUAGAUGCAGGUGGUGUAAGGAAGGAAUUCUUUAUGUUGCUGCUUAGAGAAGCAUUGGAUCCAAAAUAUGGCAUGUUCACAGAACAUCCAGAAACUAGAUGUAUAUGGUUUCAUGCAAAGACAUUUGCUGAAGAUAAUCAGUUAUUUUAUCUCAUUGGAAUUUUAUGUGGUUUAGCAAUCUACAAUUUUACCAUUAUUGAUUUACCUUUUCCAUUAAUCUUAUAUAAAAAAUUACUUCAUGAGAAAGUAUCAUUAGAAGAUCUUAAGCAAUUAUCACCAACAGUUGUAAAAAGUUUACAAGAAUUACUUGAUUAUGAAGAUGAUGAUGUAGAAGAUGUAUUUGUUCUAAAUUUUGAAGUGUCAUUAGAAGUAUAUGGUGCUAGAGUCUCUUUUGAAUUGAAACCCAAUGGAGCUAAUAUUCCAGUCACUAAAGAGAACAGGAUGGAAUAUGUAGAUUGCUAUGUGGAUUUUAUCUUGAAUAAAUCUGUAGAGGACGCUUUUAAAUCUUUUUCCGAUGGAUUUUAUAAAGUCUGUGGCAGCAAAGUUUUAGAAGUAUUUCAUGCCCAAGAGUUAAUGGCACUUGUUAUAGGCACAGAAGAUUACAAUUGGAAAGAGUUAGAAGAGAAUGCUGAAUAUAAAAAUGAAUAUGAUCAAAAUCAUCCUGCAAUCAAAAAGUUCUGGAAAGUGUUCCAUUCUCUAUCUCUAGAACAGAAAAAGAAAUUUUUGUUGUUCUUGACGGGUUCGGAUAGAAUACCCAUAUUGGGAAUGAAAGCUGUAAAAAUAAUUUUUCAACCUAUGCACGUUACCGAUGAUCAUUUGCCGGUAGCCCACACUUGUUUCAAUAUUUUGGACCUACCUCAUUACACGACAGAAGAGGCGCUUCGUAUCAAAUUGUUGCAAGCUAUAGAACACACACAGGGCUUUGGAUUAGCGUGAAAUAGGUGAAAUAGAUUCUCGUUCGUUUAAAUUAUAGAACUGUGCCAAGCUCGGUUCCGAAAAUAUUUCACGAUUGCUUUGAAAAUACCAAUCUCGUCAGAUGUAUUAAAGAAAAACGAAACAUCUAAAUAAUUUGGGUAUUGUUUAUUUUCAGACGAUUAAAAUAUUUUCUUAAAACUUGAUAAUUGCUAUUUUUCUCAUCACCUUUGUUAAGUAACGAAAAUGUUUAAAAAUUUUGAAUCGAUUUUUACUUUGGACUGUGUUUUUAUGCUACAGUUAACCACUUUUUUGUAUAAUUUGGAACAUUUGGCGAGAGCAAAAUGUUUUUCACAUUAUUGAAAUAUUUUUGUGAAAUAUUAACGUUUAUAGAGAAAAAAUAAAAGUUUAUUCAUGUUUCUUCUACUUUUUCGAUUUUACUUUCCAUCACUUGCUUAAGGAUUAUUGAUGUAAGUUAUCAAAUACAGUGAGUCAAAAUCCUCCCAAAGUUCGUAGUACUAUAAAAAAAAUAGCAAAAUUAUUCGAUAUACAAAAGGAUAUAAAUCAACUGUAAGAUUAUUACAAUAUUCACAUAGAAAAAAUUAAAAUAAUUUCAUAUUUUUAAAAUAGCUAUGAUGUAUAAAUUCUGCUUGUUGUAUU